CGUAAACAAAUUGGUUGCGCGCCCGUUUUUUGCCGGCACUAAAAAGUUGUGUUUUGUGAACCGUGUACUAGGAAAACGCGAUGAGUGCUCUUACGAAAAAUCUAGAAAAUGAUGCCAUCAUAGAGAUGUUGGAAAUCUACAUCAACUCCAUCCUGUACAAGCGCAAGCUCUACCCGGAGGCCGUAUUUCGGGUUCGCAAAGCUUACAACAUCCCAAUCUACGUUUCCAUCUAUGAGGCGCUAAACAAGCACAUCGCCAGCACCUUACAAACGGCCCGGGAACUGAAUCGAGCCGGAAAGUUGCACCGUCUGGUGAUUGCGAUUCUAACGAACGGACAACCCUCGGAGAGCUACACCUUCCAGUUCGAUCAUCAGGGCUUUGCGCUCGAGAACGACGAGAACAUGAUCCACUUCGAGGAGGAAGUUCGCAAAUCCUUGCUCUCGUUGGAUGCUCGCAUGAAGGACCUACCGACGCUGGACGCCGAGCGGGAGAACACGACGUUCAAGAUAUACCUGCAGUGCCCGGAGUCGGCUCACGUGCAGAUUGCCGCUCAUCCACGGCUUUCUAGCUUUCCGUUCGUAAAGGAAAGCAUCACCUCACAGCCGCUGGAGGAAUCCAAGGUCCAGCUGCUACCGGUGGUGCACACGAAACACACUGGAGUUGAUAUAUUUGUCGAGGAGCACGUUACGAGCGUGCUGGAUAAAUAAA